UAGAAACGCCACGUCCACGUCAUUAAAGUCUGAACUUGCCUCACUUUAGUUCUGAUCGGCCAUAAAUAUACAUUAUUCUCAGUGCUUUUUCACUUUUUAAACUCUUUUGCAACAUCGUUUAUAUUAAAGUGGAAAGAGUUCGCGACGGAAAAGAAGUGAUCAGAGAAGUUAAGCGAAGAGAAAAACAACUAGAGCUACAAAACCUGUAAACAGAUACAAUGAGUAAAGUAGACGAGCCACAGUAUGAUGUGCCUGCAUACAUGAAUGAUGAACCUCCAGCAGAUACGAAUAAGGACCACCCCCAGGCCCAGCCAGGCAUGUUUUCCAGAGUGACCGGGGGUCUGUUCAGUGUCACCAAGGGAGCUGUCGGGGCCACCGUUGGUGGAGUAGCCUGGAUUGGUGGAAAGAGCUUGGACCUAACAAAGACUGCUGUUACCUCUGUUGCCGCUGUUCCUGGGAUGGGUGUAGGCUUGGUAAAAGGUGGCGUAUCUGCUGUGGCCGGUGGAAUAACUGCAGUCGGAUCAGCAGUGGUUAGUAAAGUUCCUAUUGGAGGGGGAAAGAAGAAGGACAAGUCUGAUUGAAUAGUCUGGAAGGAGAGUAAUAUAAGUGACUUAAGUGUACAACUCCUUGAUGGGUUGAUGGUUGGUUUCAUAUUCUGCUAAAAGAUUUGCUAGGAUCAGAUCUGUCUGCUCGAUCUGGAUUAUGAGAUGGUGACUUCAACGUUUGAGGAGCUUUCCCCUGCUCUUUAAAGGAGGACGUUUGUUUCUGUGUGGUGGAACAUGACAAGAUGUAAAGGUUGUGAUGCCACAUUGAUUUGAUAUGUAAAGUAUUAGUUUUGAAGAUUUGGAUGUCUGGUGAGGGAUUAGUGUAACAUUGUCAUGUUCUGCUAGAGCACAUUACAGAGAGUUCUGUUUGUGGCAGGACAUCCUAAUAAAUAAUCUACAUUUGUACCAAGGCUUAUGCCCAGUAAAUACCAGGCCAAGUGUUGGAUUAAGUCACUUGGAUGUUCCUCAUUGUACUGCAGAAGAAAUUGUGAAACUGUGCUGGGUUGAUAGCAGAGCUGUAUGUCUGUGUUUGAUUUUGUUUGUGAGAUGACUGUGUCUGGGGUUCAAGCAGAGCCAUGCUGUCCUCUCACACAGAUUUGCUCAUUUUUCUUUUUCUGCCACCUGCAAUACAGUAUAUUUCUACUAUUUUCGUACAAUGCAACAAACAACUACUUUUUCUUGUAAAAAUCUAAAUGCUGGUUUCUUGACUAUAACAGAAUUGCUAUACUGUAUUUGAAUUUACACUAAUGUCAGAAAUAGCAUGCGUGCCAUUUCUUUCUGAUCUUGCAGUGUAACAAAGCUGUUUGUGCUAUUUUUUUUCUUUCAGUAGUGUUUUAUUUCUCUAGCAAAAUACUUUUUGUCUUGUUCAUUUCAUAAAUUAAACUUUCGCAUGGACCAAUAUUGAAUGACAUUUUGAGUAAAUGAGCAGAGACAGUAUUUGUUAAAUGUCUACAGCCAAAGAAUGCAAAAAUGUAAUGUUAAAACCUAAGUGCAUUCACAUUGCUCGUUUGUAUACCAAAACAGUAUAUUUGUUGCUUUUUUAGAUUUUACCUAUAUAGGUGUGUUCAUUUUACAUAUAUGUAUCUAUGUCUGUGCUUGCAAAUAUAAUGUGAAUUAAAUAAAGAAGAAAGAUUAAAU